AUGUCAUUUCUCCUGCCUGCGUACUGUCUAGUGCUCGUAUUCUACAUCUUCAUCGUGUACCGGUAUGCUCCUGCACGCAGACUACGACGUCCAGAUGGACCAACGCCAGCUUGGUUUAUUGGGAACGUUUUGCAGUUCCCUUCUAAAAAUCCUGAACACAAAUUUUCAGAAUGGGCCCAUACCUACGGCGAUGUCAUCCACCUUACACUUUUCGGCCAGUCUAUGAUCAUCCUAAGCAGCUACGAAGCUGCUGGAGAAUUAUUAGAGAAACGCGGCGCUAUAUAUUCCGAUCGCCCGCGUUUUGUACUAUUCUCAGAAAUGAUGGGAUGGAAAAACGCGUCGACACAUCUUAGAUAUGGAGCCCGAUUCCGAAAACAUAAGCGUUUCAUGCAUCAAACGUUCAACCAACAGGCCGUUGCGCACCUUUAUCCUAUACAGGCCAAGGAGACACUAACCUUGAUGGAAGGGCUGACUGCAACUCCUGAGUUAUUUUUUGGCCAUAUUAGACAAUAUGCCGGAGCUACGAUCCUCAAAGUGGCUUACGGAGCGGAUGUUAAGUCAAGCGAUGACCUGUAUAUCAAACUAGCUGAAAAGGCUACCAGAAUGACUGUACAAUCUGGUACUCCGGCGGCUGCGCUCGUCGAUUACUUCCCGAUAAUGAGACACAUUCCCACAUGGGUGCCGUUUUCCCGUUUCAAACGUGAUGCGCUGCAGGUGAAAGCUGCCGUUGACCAAAUGAUGUCAAUUCCCUAUGAACGGGUAAAGGAAGAGAUGAGCCUGGGAACAGCAGUAUCGUCGUUAACCUCUCGACUGAUAGAGACUCAUCUCACGGCAGGAAGUUUCUCCCAUGAGGACGAGGAAGACAUCAAAGGUGUAGCAGGGACAUUGUACGCUGCUGCGGAAGAUACCUCUGUUUGUGUGAUCACCUCAUUUAUUCUAGCCAUGGCCCUGCAUCCGGACGUAUUUGCCAAGGCACAGAGUGAAAUGGAUGAUGUGGUAGGCAGAGUACGAUUGCCGGGUCUGAAUGACAGAGAAGCGUUGCCGUAUCUCGAUGCUGUCAUCAAAGAGGUGUACAGAUGGAACCCUCCGGUGCCUUUGGGGCUACCCCAUCGAGUCAUGGUCGAUGAUAUUUACAAGGACCGGUUCAUUCCCAAGGGUAGCACCGUCCUGGCAAAUAUCUAUGCGAUCCUGAAGAAUUGCCCUGAUCCGGAUGUCUUCCUUCCUGAGCGGUUUGAGGAUCGAGAGGUCCUGAACCCCCGAGACGUAAUAUUUGGAUUUGGGAGAAGGUCAGCGGUGGUAUUUCAGAUGCCUCUGUUCUUGAGGCUGAGCGCUGGUUUCAGGAAGUGCCCUGGAAGAUAUUUUGCUGAUGCAGGAGUAUGGUUGGCGCUUUCCAUGAUUAUCUCAAGGUUUGAUAUAUCAAAGGCCAAGGAUUCUGAAGGGAAUGUGAUUACACCCGUUGCCGAAUUCGAGUCGGCUUUUGUCCGACAUCCAAAGAAAUUCGAGUGUUGUAUCCGACCCCGAAAAUAA